UUCUGAGAUGUAUGACUCCGUCUGAAAAUUCAGAGAUUUGAAUCUCUCAUUCAAAAACCCUAAUUCAUGUAUAUAUUGAUGUGUGUAUACCCUCCUGAUGCUAAUGCAUUUCGGAGAUGCCGAGCGUGACAGUGAAAUUAUACAGCGUUUUGUUCAAAUUCUUGCUUAAGCGCCGAUUGCAAGCCUUGAGCGAGUAUCUGAUCAGCCCCAAUUCGGAUCCUCUAUACGGCGUCGUUACCCGCCCCGACGAGGCCAUCGCCGCCGCCAACCCCAGCUUCAGUGACGACGGCGUCGCUACCAAGGAUCUCCACAUCGACCCCUUGACUGCUCUCUCCCUCAGGAUUUUCCUCCCAGAUUCAGCUGUCGCUUCGCCUACCGCAAUCCCGAAGCUGAAAGCUAGGGUUUCGUCGGGGAAUUUGAGCUCAAGGAAGGACAACGGUCUGAUUCAAGGAUACGGAGGGUAUGUGCCGGAUAAGAACGCGCGGAACUGCAGGAAAUUGCCGGUGAUUUUGCAGUUUCAUGGCGGUGGAUGGGUGACUGGGGGCAGUGACACCGCGGCCAACGAUUUGUUCUGCCGGAGAAUCGCCAAAUUGUGCGAUGCUAUCGUUAUAGCCGUCGGAUACAGGCUGGCGCCGGAGAGUCGUUAUCCCGCGGCGUUUGAGGAUGGAUUGAAGGCGUUGAAUUGGCUCGGGAAACAGGCGAAUUUAGCUGAGUGUAGCAGGUCAUUUGUGAAUGGGAGGAUGGUGAGCAGUGAAGAUGGGAGAAGAAGACAAAUAGUUGAUGGCUUCGGAUCCUCCAUGGUUGAGCCUUGGUUAGCUGCCCAUGCCGAUCAUUCUAGGUGCGUUGUCCUUGGAGUCAGCUGUGGUGCUAAUAUUGCAAACUAUGUCACGAGAUAUGCUAUUGAGGCUAGGAAGCAUUUGGAUCCCGUGAAGUUGGUGGCUCAAAUCCUUUUUUAUCCUUUCUUCAUCGGAAACACUCCCACACGUUCUGAGAUUAAAUUGGCUAAUUCCUACCUCUAUGACAAAGCUAUGUCCAUACUUGCAUGGAAGCUUUUCUUACCCGAAAAAGAGUUCAGUUUGGACCAUCCAGCUGCCAAUCCGCUUGUCCCUGUACGAGGGGAGAUUCCUCUCAAGCAUAUGCCGCCAACACUCACAGUUGUUGCAGAACAUGACUGGAUGCGGGAUAGGGCAAUUGCAUACUCGGAGGAACUUAGAAAAGCUAACGUGGAUGCCCCUCUUCUCGAUUACAAGGAUGCAGUCCAUGAGUUUGCUACCCUCGAUGUGCUGCUCAAGACACCACAAGCCCAGGCUUGCUUAGAGGACAUUUCUAUAUGGGUCAAAAAGUAUAUCUCACUCAGGGGCCAUGAAUUCUCUUAUUGAAUAAACUAGCCAGUAAGAGAUAUGAAGUGAUCAUUGGGGCAAACCAGAGCUUGUUGUGCCAUAGAUCAAAUCUUCUUUGAUUUUCUAGCAAACAAUGGAGAGAGACGGGCGAGUCGAGAACAAAGAGACUGUUGUAGCAUCAAAGACUAAUUUGACAAGCUGGGAUUCUUGAUCACUUAUCUGUGCAUUAGCCACACUGCCUACAGGGCCUAGUUCAAAA